AGAAAAUCAAACGUCUUGCUCGUAAAUAAAAAUCAAAAUUCUUAAGAUUAUUAAAAAUGUAUCACCUUUCGGGGAAAUCAGAGUGAUUGCGAAAUCACCGUGAAGUCAACUCAAUGCAAAUUAAAUAGAUUUUAUACAUAAUGUUGAUACUCAUCGCUGCUGCCUGCUUUUACCUAAUCUUUGGAUUUCUCAUUUUAUAUUUAAUAUGCCUUCUUAUAGUAAUAUGCUUGUCUAUUUUCUACGGCUUCGAUCCGAUGAACAGCUAUUAAAUUUUGUAUGGAAAAGCAACAUGUUUGAGAUUGCGAAAAUCAGAAAAAUCAUAAGGCGCGGCAAGUCAAGUGCGUUUAUAGCAGUAUCCUUAAUUUCCCGUUUUGCCGGCAACAACCCCAAAAAACUCUCAGAAAGGAGGCUUCUAUUGUGUGACCAAGACCCAUUCGUGGCCUUUCUGUUUGCAGACCAAAACCAUCAGAAUGCCCAGCUCCAUGAUGCCCAUGAUGACCAUGAUGCCCAUGAUGAUGAUUACGCUGCACUCGCUGAGCUUGAGCUGGAUUUUUAAUUGGCCUAGUCCAUUGAGUGCUCCAUUUGCCGGCUUCCCAUCUGUGUACUCAUCAGUUAUCUGCUGGCCAAGGUGGCAGUGGGGUGGAUUGCAGGACCAGAUGCCCAACGAUAAUGGACAGCUGAGUUUUGCACUCGGAUAGCAGUAACUGUGAAAACAAGUUUGAAUUGCAAAUGAGUGAAUUGCGAAUGAACUGGGCAUUUUCCAAUUGCUAUUUGAAGAACUAAAUGGGCCUUACGCAGCAAAGGCAAUGUGGAUGGAUAUCUUGGCGAGCAAACCUGCUGAAUCGAUGAAUUUACAUUGUGCACUUUAUAAUGGAGAAAGGAAUGCACGUUUUUUGGAAAGAAAAUAGAGGUUUUAUAUCUUCAUUGAGAGUAAAUUUAAAUAAAACGUGAUAUAAAUAAGA